AUGCUUCGCAGCGCCGCAGUGCGGCUGCUCGCCGCACACAGCAGUCGGCAUACCACUGCCUCUCUCUGCACACCGCGCGGGCGGCUCGCUCAGCCUCGGGCAGCACCGCAUCGAUGUCUCUCCCUCUCCUCCGCUCGCGCGCAACGAGCGACGGCCUCAGCGUCAGCGCCGCGUUCCGCAGACGACGAGCCGCCUCUGCCCAGCGCCACCGACCACGCCGUCAUUUCAGUGUUCGACCUCUUCAGCAUCGGCAUCGGCCCGAGCUCCUCGCAUACCCUUGGGCCCAUGCGCGCGGGCGCCAUCUUUGCGACGGAGCUGCUAGAUGCGGGCAUGCUGGAGAAGGUGGAGAGGGUGGUGGUGCAUCUGUAUGGCAGCUUGGCUGCGACUGGUGAGGGCCACAUGACGCCUCAAGCGCUUCUGCUCGGUCUCGAGGGAGUCGAUGCCGAGACCGUCGACACCGCCUGGGUCCCACAGCGCUACGCCGCCAUUCUGGCGCACAAGGAGCUGCGCAUUGGCUCUGCGCUCGGCAAGGGCGAGGGCAAGCAGAUUGUCUUUGACUCUGCGCGCGACUUCAAGUGGAUGUGGGGCGAGGUGUUGCCGCUGCACAGCAAUGGCAUGCGCCUGAGCGCGUAUGAUGCACAAGGCGACCUGCUCGCGACGAACGACUACUACAGCGUCGGCGGCGGCUUUGUAGUCAACGGCGCAAUGAGCACGGGCGCCGCCAAGGAAGAAGGAAGAGAUCAUCCGGAAGACCUGGCGGAGAACUUCCUCUACAAGGCCAUUCGGCCUGAGGACGCCGCUGGCGCCAGAAGGACGGGCGCAAGGCGAGCGCCGCAAGCGGAGGAGGCGACUGCGCAGCUCGCUGCGCCGGACGGAAGCGAAGCUGAUGCUGCGACAACGCCGUCGAUACCGCUGGAGAAGGAGACGCAGCUGCCGGAUCGAAAGACGGCGGCAAGAGGCCCGGUCGUGCCGUUUGUCUUUUGGGACGCGGCAAGUCUGCUGGCGCUUACGCGGAAGCACAACAUGACGAUUGCUCAGAUCGUGUAUGAGAAUGAACUCGCGCUGGGUCGGACGCCCGCCGAGCUGCGCGCCAAGCUCUUCCGUAUCUGGGACGUCAUGGACACCUGCGUGCGCGAAGGCGUGCACUCCGAAGAGACGCAUCUCCCUGGCUCCCUCAACCUGCGUCGACGUGCGCCGGCGCUCUACCAGCGCCUGACGCGCGGCUUCUACACGAGCAAGCGCAAGCGCAUCGGCGAGGAGCAUGGUGCGAUUGCCGCGCCGCAGAGAGAGGGCGAGGGCAUUGCAGUGUCGGAAGGAGAAGUGGAGCAGAGAGCGGAGACGGCGAAUCUAAUGGUGGGACGCUUUGAUCAUGCCAUCAUGCCAAUCCCCUCUCGUCGACAUUCCCAACAUGCGCCAGACUGGCUGUCAGCGUACGCCAUUGCCGUCAACGAAGUGAACGCGUCCGGCGGGCGGGUGUGCGUGGCGCCCACGCUCGGAGCCGCAGGCGUAAUCCCCGCGACACUCAAGUACUUCCUCGAGUUCAUCAGCGACGACGAAGAGCGAGACGUGCAGACGUUCUUGCUGACGGCCGGCGCAAUUGGCAUGCUGUUCAAGAGGGGCGCUACGAUUUCAGCGGCGGAGGGAGGAUGCAUGGCCGAGAUCGGCUCCGCUUGCGCCAUGGCAGCCGGAGCUUUCGCAGCAUGCAUGGGCGCCCGUCCCUCGGUCAUCGAGAACGCAGCCGAGAUCGGCAUCGAGCACAACCUGGGCCUGACGUGCGAUCCCAUUGCCGGCCUCGUGCAGGCGCCUUGUAUCGAGAGAAACGCACUCGGCGCCGUCAAGGCCGUCGUUGCGGCGCAGUUGGCACUCGCGAAUCCGUCAGGCGAACAUGCGGUGUCCUUGGACGAUGCUAUCUCGGCCAUGAGAGCAACGGCUCGCGGUAUGCGAGUCGAGUUUAAGGAAACCUCCCUUUCUGGCCUCGCGACGAGCGUGCGCAUUCCCGUGUCUGUGCCGUGA